GUGAGAUUAGGGGGCCAACACGUCGCGUUUGCCGGGUUCCUUGCUGACCGGAGAAAGUUCUAAUCGCCAAAUAUAGCCCCUGGGCUCCACUCAGACCGAGACGGCUACCGAGUUUGCUGGAGGGAGGUACGGUAGCAGAUUUCACCUCUUGUUUGCUUGUUUUGCAUCGUUUCCGACGGUUCCGGAUUACUGCAUUACGCCCACCAUUGCUACACUCUUUUUCCAUAACUUCCUACGGUUCGACAGCAUUGCUUUACAAAAGUUACCCCCCAUUGACAGGUACCUAAUUUUUACAAUAACACUGGCCACAUCAACACCGCCCCGUUCUGUUUUUCUUUCUAUUCGUCCACGAUGACGGGGAAUCCUGCGUCGCCGACCGCGACGAAACGUUUACGGUGGGCAACCCAGCGGGUUCCUGGGAUGGAAGCUGUGCGGAAGAGGGACACGAUAAUGAGAGCUUUGUCAAUGUCGCGAAGGUCUCCAGAAAAGAUGGAGGCAGAUGUUUCGGGGACAGGAGGGGGCUUUGGUGGUCAAAUGAAUCCGGGGUCGGGAGGGUCAGAAGAAGGGUCUACCCAGCGGCGUAUAUUCGUUAACGAGCCUUUGCCACCAGAGUGCCUUGACGAGGAUGGUUCCCCUUCACAGUGGUUCUCUCGAAACAAAAUUCGCACGGCUAAAUACACACCUCUCAUAUUUGUUCCUAAAAAUCUGUGGCUCCAGUUCCACAAUGUUGCUAACGUUUAUUUCCUUUUUGUCACCAUACUUGCUAUAUUUCCCAUAUUUGGCGCGAGCAAUCCAGCUUUAGGUUCGGUGCCUUUAAUUGUGAUUUUAUUGAUUACGGCCGUCAAGGAUGCGAUCGAGGAUUAUCGUCGGACGGUGCUCGAUAUUGAGCUCAACAAUACUCCGAUUCAUUUAUUGACUCCUGGGAAAGCGAGGUUUAAGAGGGAUUACUGGAAAAAUGUUCGGGUUGGGGAUUUUGUGAGGGUUUACAACGAUGAGGAAAUUCCCGCUGAUGUCAUCAUUCUUUCCACCUCCGACGCCGAUGGCGCAUGUUAUGUUGAGACAAAGAAUUUAGAUGGUGAAACUAACCUCAAGGUUCGACAUGCGUUGCAUUGUGGAAGGAGGGUUAGACACGCCAAAGACUGCGAAGCUGCAGCUUUUACUUUGGAAAGCGAGAAUCCUCACGCCAACCUUUACUCUUACAGCGGGCCGGUAUCGAUCAACAAUCUUCUACUUAGGGGAUGCACUCUCAGAAAUACCGAGUGGGCCAUUGGAAUUGUUGCAUUUACCGGUGAUGAGACCAAGAUUAUGAUGAAUGCUGGAGUUACUCCUUCGAAAAGGAGUAGGAUUACACGGGAGUUGAAUUGGAAUGUUAUCAUGAAUUUCUGUCUGUUAUUAAUCAUGUGUUUGGUUUCGGGAAUUGUGCAAGGAUUCACAUGGGCUAAGGGCAACGAGUCUCUUGACUUUUUCGAAUUUGGUUCCAUUGGAGGAUCACCGCCGGUUGAUGGUAUUGUCACCUUUUGGACUGCUGUCAUCCUGUUCCAGAACUUGGUCCCGAUCUCGCUUUACAUCAGCAUUGAAAUUAUUAAGCUCGCCCAGGCGUUCUUCAUCUUCAGUGAUGCUCAUAUGUAUUACGAAAAGCUCGAUUACCCUUGUACCCCCAAAUCUUGGAAUAUUUCGGAUGAUCUUGGACAAAUCGAAUAUAUCUUCUCGGAUAAGACAGGCACACUAACCCAGAAUGUUAUGGAGUUUAAGAAGUGUACCGUCAAUGCUCGGGAGCAGAUCGCACAAGCCGGCGCAAACGCCCACUUCAUGCUUGUCCUUGCUCUUUGUCAUACGGUUUUACCGGAGUUGGUUUCAAGUGAACCUCCACGGAUCGAUUUCAAAGCGCAAUCUCCAGAUGAGGCUGCAUUGGUGGCCACUGCUCGUGAUUGUGGAUAUACCCUUAUCGACAGAACCCCCCAUGGGGUUAUUGUGAACGUACAGGGGGACGAGAGAGAGUACGAGGUUCUCAACACACUAGAGUUCAAUUCCUCUCGAAAACGUAUGAGCGCGAUCAUUCGUAUGCCUGAUACCGGAAAGAUCUACUUGUUCUGCAAGGGGGCAGACAGUAUAAUCUACUCUCGGCUCCGACUAGGUGAGCAACAAGAGCUCAGAAAAUCGACCGCCGAGCAUUUGGAAGUCUUUGCGCGCGAGGGGCUGAGAACGCUUUGCGUUGCACAGAGGGAGCUCACCGAAGAAGAAUAUCAGACAUGGAAUAAACAGCACGAGAUGGCCGCUGCUUCUGUGCACAACCGUGAGGAGAAACUCGAGGAGGUCUCUGAUGCUAUUGAGAGGGAUUUAUCUCUUAUUGGUGGAACGGCUAUUGAGGAUAGGCUACAAGACGGAGUUCCAGACACGAUUGCUCUUCUUGCCGAGGCCGGUAUUAAGUUGUGGGUUUUGACUGGUGACAAGGUGGAAACCGCCAUCAAUAUUGGUUUCUCAUGCAAUCUCUUGGAUAAUGGUAUGGAACUUAUACAAUUCAAGUCCGAAGAGAAUACUGAGCUUAAGGCUGCAAAGAAGGACCAUAACCCGCCGCCUCCCACCCACGCUUUGGUUAUUGAUGGUGAUGCGCUUAAACUUGUGCUGGAAGAUGAGCUAAAAAUGAAAUUCUUGCUAUUGUGCAAACAGUGCAAGGCGGUCCUUUGUUGUCGUGUCAGUCCUAGUCAGAAGGCCGCCGUUUGUCAAAUGGUCAAAUUGGGAUUGGACGUUAUGACUCUUUCUAUCGGUGAUGGUGCCAAUGAUGUUGCUAUGAUUCAGGAGGCCGAUGUUGGUGUCGGUAUUGCUGGUGAGGAAGGUCGACAGGCAGUUAUGUGCUCCGAUUACGCUAUAGGGCAAUUCCGCUUCUUAAGCAGACUGGUGCUGGUGCAUGGGCGUUGGUCUUAUCGGAGGGUGGCUGAAAUGACUGCAAACUUUUUCUAUAAGAAUAUUGUCUGGACCUUCGCGCUGUUCUGGUACCAGCUCUACAACAGCUUUGACGGGUCUUAUCUUUUUGAGUACACCUACAUCCUUCUCUACAAUCUUGCGUUCACCUCGGUGCCGGUCGUUCUCAUGGGUGUUCUGGACCAAGAUGUUGAUGAUAAAGUAUCUCUUGCCGUUCCGCAAUUGUAUCGUAGAGGUAUUUUGCGUAAGGAAUGGACACAGGUCAAGUUUUGGGUUUACAUGAUUGAUGGUAUUUAUCAGUCAUUGAUUUGUUUCUUCAUGACUUACCUCUUGUUCCGUGAGGGCGGAUUUGCCAGUUCUUCUGGUAGAGAUUUGAACUCACGAGAGUUGAUGGGAGUCUAUGUUGGAUGUGCCUCAAUUGUUGUUGUCAACUCAUAUGUGUUGAUUAACCAGUAUCGCUGGGAUUGGGUUUUCCUGCUUUGCACCGCUAUCAGUAUUCUACUCAUCUGGUUCUGGACGGGCGUCUUCUCACAGUUCACAUCCACCGGCCCAUUUUACAAGGCUGCAGAUCACGUUUAUGGUGCCUUGUCCUUCUGGGUAACUACUCUGUUGACUGUGUUAGUAUGCCUUCUGCCUAGGAUGGCGUCUAAGGCUGUUCAAAAGCUAUUCUUUCCUCGAGAUAUAGACAUCAUCCGCGAGCAGGUUAAAGAAGGGAAGUUCAAUUAUCUCUAUGGGAAUGGGGAGAAACCAAACACGACUUCUCUUUCCUCUGCAGCUUCUUCGGAGGUCAUGAAGCCUCCAGUUCGACCUUAUGCCCAAGACGACGAGAGACGACCCAUAUACCCACCGAGCGUGGCCCCUACCGCAACCACCGCUGGGAAGCGUGGAAGUGGUAAUGGUAGUGACGGGACUGAUGGCUCAGGAUAUAUGGGGACGGGUACUUUUACACCUCACCGAUACUCCAUGGAUAAGCCAGUGCGUCCCAGUAUGGAUCGAGCAAGGCCUAGCUUUGACCGUGUCCGGGCGUCCAUGGAUCGAACAAGAGCCAGUUUUGAGGCUACGAGUGAGUUCACGUCCGCAGCCAUGUUGGCACGAAUGGAGUCGCGACAUUCGGUGCGACCAGCGAAACGAUCGUUGUAUGAUGAUGACGGCACUGCCAACUGA